UCCAGAACGGAAGAAGGGGAAGAAGAGGAAGAGGAACCCUGCAGAAUUAAAGAGGAAGAGGAAGUCUGCAGAACUAAAGAGGAAGAGGAACCCUGCAGAAUUAAAGAGGAAGAGGAAGCAUGCAGAACUAAAGAGGAAGAGGAACCCUGCAAAAUUAAAAAGGAAGAGGAAGUCUGCAGAAUUAAAGAGGAAGAGGAACUCUGUAGAAUUAAAGAAGAAGAGACUGAAGAACCAACAGACUUUAUUGAAGAGAAUGAGGAGAAUGAAGAUGAUGAACUUGUAAAAGCUGAGGAAAUCCCUCAUUUAUUGACUGAAGGUGUUGUUUUAAAGAAAAUAGACAAGAAAUGUUUCUCCUGCACUGAGUGUGGAAGAAGUUUGAGAUCCAAACAAAGUCUCCAGUUUCACAUGAGGAUUCACACUGGAGAGAAACCAUACAGAUGCACUCAGUGUGGGAAGAGUUUCAAACGAUCAGGAACCCUUAAUGUACACCUGAUGAGCCACACUGGAGAGAAACCACACACAUGUGAUCAGUGCGGCAAAACAUUUUUGACUCAAUCACACCUGAAGAUCCAUCUUAGAGUUCACACUAAAGAGAAACUUUAUUCAUGCUCUGCAUGUGGAAAGAGAUUUAAAUACCAGUCAAGUUUAAGAAAACAUCAGACGAUCCACACUGGUGUGAAAGAGCAUUUGUGCUUUGACUGUCAGAGGACUUUUAUUACAGCUCAGGCCUUGAAGAAUCACCAGAUGAUUCACACUGGAGAGAAACCGUACACAUGUGGUCUGUGUCUGAAGAGUUUCACUCAGUUGUCGCAUGUGAAGGGACACAUGAAAUUCCACACUGGAGAAAAGCAGCACACAUGAUGAUCACCCGAAGCUUAAUUCAAAUACACAUUAUUCUCCCCCCUUUGAUAAAACAAAGAACGUGUUGUGACCCCAGCUUAUAAGUAAUGACCUAUCCGCGAGUUCUGGCCAUCUGGUACUCACAUGAGCAUGCCAAUUCAAUUUUACAGACAAAGAAAAGAGACAUGCGUGUCCCUCUAAGUCAGGGGUCACCAAUCACGGCCCUGGAGGGCCGGUGUCCCUGCAGGGUUUAGCUCCAACUUGCCUCAACACACCUGCCUGAUUGUUUCAAGUAUACCUAGUAAGACCUUGAUUAGCUUGUUCAGGUGUGUUUGAUUAAGGUUGGAGCUAAAAUCUGUAGGACACCGGCCCUCUAGGAACAAGUUUGGUGACCACUGCUCUGGGUGAUCGACUCCCCUCCUCUUUUCCUGCCUAGAGGAAAAUAACGUGGCUAUUUUCUGCGCAUGAAAGUCCUGCGUGGUUUUGGACAUUUCACAUUUAAAGUGUUCUUGCUUAUAGAUGUGAAUGCUUUAGUAUGUAUGUAAGAACGUGUAUUUAUUGUAGUUUUGCAUAAAAGUGAAACGUGUAAUUAACUGUAUCUGAUAAAGUCUGUAAUGUUUGGUGUCAAACUAGAGUUAUAAGGCUUUAGAAAACAUCGCUUUGAAUGAUAAAACUGUAUCUACAAAUAGUAGGAGAGAACCGGUACACGUGAUCAGUGUAGAGUUUCACACGUCUGUCGUAUCUUAAGAGACGCAUGUAAAUCCACACUGGAGAAAAGCAGCACACAAUGCAGCAAACUGUUUUCUCACGUGUAGCGGGUGUUUCAUGUCUGAACAUCAGAAAACACUGGCGUGAGAGAUUGUAAAGUAAAUAAUUCUAAUGAGUACUACAUUUACCCAAUAGGUCAGAAUGCAAAUGUACAUAUAAUUUAUUUCAGCAGUGUAAUGUUAAAAUGUUCAAAAUUAAAACACCUUCUCAGUGUUUACAUUUAUUAAAUGUGUUGCCAUAAGGAAUCCACACAUCCCAGGAUCUCCAGUCACGUGUUCAGGUUGGCCUAGGCUAAAUACAAGCAGAUAUUAACAUUUAUUACUAAAAGUCGGUCAGUGCUUUCAAAUGUUUGACUAAAUAUUUGCCUCCAUCAUUUGUGCAGCUAUAUCAGACUUUAACUCGGAUGUUUGGCACUGUUUUCAUACAUUAAAAUGUGACUUCCGCCAUCUUGUGUCUUUCUCCAGG